AGGCAGCCUGCCGUACCUUGGUGGCGGUGGAUUAAUGUUGGGACGGAGUCCGUGUGGAGUUACGGGUGAAAGACUGGGAGAACUUUUUUGACUGAAAUCGCGCCACUUUUACACCCAUGACAUUUACCAGGGGCUCUAUAGAGAGGAUUCCAGGAAUCUCACCAUGUUCAAGGCGGUGCUGAAGAAGAACAGAGAUGGAGGGAAGGGAAGCAAGAAGGAUUCAGGUGAUAUUUACAGCCAGUGUGCCCAAAGAAGAUUUCCAGCAGAGGGGAAUCCCCAGCCUCAGGGGCCUGGCGGUGGUCACCUUCAUGGACAUGGACUGAGCCUGGCUAAAGGAGUGUCCACCUCUCUUCCCUCCUCACCUCUGCUGCCGCGCCAGUCCUACAUGAUGCCCUUACGCCCCAACAAGAGAUCACCAGGUCCAAUCAGGAAGCCCAAAUAUGUAGAGAGUCCUCGCGUCCCUUCUGAUGCCAUCGUGUCAGCACUGAGGAAGGUGGCUGAUAAAAAGGACUCCACGCACAAUGAGCUGCAAGCAGAGAAACAGCCAGGCUCCUCCUCCCCUGCCAAUCAGGAACUGAUGACAAGGCUGGGCUUUUUACUGGGAGAAGGGAUCCCGGGUACGGCGCGCAUACCUAUGGACGAGAAGAAUGAAAAGAAGUGCUCUCUGACUAGCCAGGGCAUCAGCCCCUGCUCCACGCUGACCAGCAGCACCGCGUCUCCCAGCACCGACAGCCCGUGCUCCACCCUCAACAGCACCACCGGCCGACCCCCGCUCAGCCACUCCAGCCCCUGUGGGACCAUCACCAGCCCCAGUUCGACGCUCGAGAGCAAGGACAGCGGGAUCAUAGCCACCAUCACUAGUUCUUCAGAGAACGAUGACCGCAGCGGCUCCAGCCUGGAGUGGAGUAAAGAUGGGAGUCUGAGGAGCACCGGGCGCCAUGGCCUGGCACAGGGUGUGCGGGCUGACACCUGCUCUCCCGUGGCCGAAGAAGACUCCGGCAGCGCCACCGUCACGCCAGCCGACACCCCAUCCAAGACGGAGCAGCAGCAGCAGCUCACCGCAUCGCCCCCACAGCCUCCUGGUCACUCACCUGAGGGACCCGUUCCGUAUCCACCACAGACUUCUUCCUCCCUGAUGAUGCCGAGGCCAAACUCAGUAGCAGCAACGAGUUCCACCAAGCUGGAGGACCUGAGCUUUCUUGAUGAACAGCGCAACACCCCCCUGCGGACAUCCAUUCGUUUACCCUGGCACAACACAGGAGGACGGCCACCUCAGGACUCCAAAGCACGUUUUGCUCCUUACAAGCCCGUGGACAUCAUGCUCAAGCCCUUAUUGUUCGAGGUCCCCAGCAUCACCACAGACUCCGUUUUCGUGGGCCGGGAUUGGCUCUUCCAGCAGCUGGAAGACGUCCUGAAGGCCAGCGAGUCCACCGAGAACCACGGCGCUGUGGUGGUGGGCAGUGUGGGAUACGGGAAGACGGCCAUCAUUUCCCGGCUCGUGGCGCUGAGCUGCCACGGAGGACGCAUGCGUCAGAUCGCCUCCAACAGCCCCAGUGCCUCCCCGAAAAGUAGCGCAGGACCAAGCAGUGAGCUUCCUCUCACGCAGCCGCCGCAGCCCACGCCACCCUCCAGCGCCACCAACACGCUGAGGACCAACAGCUGCCCGGGAACCCCGGAGAUGCAGCGGCGCAGGGAGGAGGCCGUCAGACGUCUGGCUGCAAAGGUGGUGGCGUAUCACUACUGCCAGGCAGACAACACCUACACUUGCCUGGUGCCGGAGUUUGUACAUAGCAUUGCAGCCCUGCUGUGCAGAGCACAUCAACUCGGUGCGUAUCGGGAGCUGCUGCUGAAGGAGCCGCACCUCCAGAGCAUGCUCAGCCUGCGCUCCUGCGUCCAAGACCCAAUGGCUGCUUUCCGGAGAGGAGUCCUAGAGCCACUAGCCAACCUCCGAAAAGAGAGGAGAAUCCCCGAGGAGGACCACAUAAUAUUGAUAGACGGACUAAACGAAGCAGAGUUCCAUAAGCCCGACUACGGAGACACCAUCGCUUCCUUCAUCACUAAAAUCAUCGCCAAGUUCCCCUCCUGGCUGAAGCUGGUGAUCACAGUCCGAGUCAACCUGCUGGAGAUCACCAGCCUCCUGCCUUUCUCCAAGAUCUCCCUGGACGACUUCAACGACAACAAAGAGAUAAGCAGCGACCUCAAUGCAUACAUCCAGUACCGAAUCAAUGGCAGCAAGGACAUCAUGAACAAUAUCAGCCUGAACGGCAAGGCCGACCCUCUCACCGUCAGCAAACUCAGCAGCCAUCUGAUCUCGCGCAGCCAGGGCUCCUACCUGUAUCUCAAGCUGACUCUGGAUCUGUUUGAGAGGGGCCACCUGGUGAUCAAAAGUGCCAGCUACAAAGUGGUGCCGGUCUCGCUGGCGGAACUGUACCAGCUGCAGUGCAACAUGAAGUUCAUGACCAACUCGGCCUUCGAGCGCUCGCUGCCCAUCCUGAACGUGGCGCUGGCCUCGCUGCACCCCCUGACCGACGAGCAGCUGUUCCAGGCCAUCAACGCCGGCUUCGUCCGGGGAGAGCUGCAGUGGGAGGACUUCCAGCAGCGCAUGGAGCUGCUGUCGUGCUUUCUGAUCAGGCGGCGGGACAAGACGCGCAUGUUCUGCCACCCUUCCUUCCGAGAGUGGUUAGUGUGGCGGGCUGAUGGAGAGAGUACGGACUUCCUGUGUGACCCCAGGACCGGCCACGCGCUCAUGGCUUUCAUGUUGUCUCGCCAAGAGGGGAAACUGAACCGUCAGCAGACAAUGGAGCUGGGCCAUCACAUCCUCAAAGCACACAUCUUCAAGGGGCUGAGUAAGAGAACAGGUGUGUCAUCCAGUGUACUCCAGGCCCUGUGGAUCAGCUGCAGUGCAGAUGGUCUUUCUGCAGCCUUGGCCUCACUGAGGAACCUCUACACACCCAAUGUCAAGGUGAGCCGUCUGCUGAUGCUGGGAGGAGCCAACGUCAACUACCGCACCGAGGUGCUGAACAACGCGCCGACCCUCUGCGUCCAGUGCCACCUGGGCCACCAGGAGAUCGCGGCGCUGCUGCUGGAGUUCGGCGCCAGCGUGGACGUGGUGUCGGAGAACGGGAUGAGCCCCCUCUGCUACUCAGCCGCCGCCGGACACCUGGGAAUCGUCGUGCUGCUCUGCAAGAGGGGAGCCAAGCUGGAUCACGUGGAUAAGAGCGGCCAGUGUGCUCUGGUCCACGCGGCGCUCCGCGGACACCCAGAGAUCAUCCAGUACCUGCUGGAGCUGGAAUGGAGCGCCGAGGGGCAGCAGCAGGACUGCUCUCUGAAGAACAAAGCCCUGCAGCAGGCUUUGAUUGCAGCCUCCAGCAUGGGACACACACAGGUUGUGAGGGGCUUGCUGGCGUUGAAUAAUGACCAUGCUGUGCAAAUUGAUAGUCAUGACACUCUGUGGGGAGAGACAGCUCUGACGGCUGCAGCCGGACGGGGGAAGAUGGAGGUCUGCAGCUUCCUGUUGGAGCAGCAGGCGGUGGUGCAGCAGGUCAACCGGCGGGGGGUGUCUCCUCUGUUCUGCGCCGUCAGACAGGGACACUGGCAGAUCGCAGAGCUGCUGUUGCAACACGGUGCCGACAUAAACAUCAGUGAUAAGCAGGGCAGGACGUUGCUCAUGGUGGCUGCGUGCGAGGGUCACCUGAGCACUGUGGAGUUCCUGCUUUCCAAAGGUGCCUCUCUGACGUCGAUGGACAAGGAGGGCUUGAUGCCGCUGAGCUGGGCAUGUUUGAAAGGACAUAAGAACGUGGUGCAGUUUUUGGUGGAGAAAGGUGCGGUCAUCGACCACACCGACAAAAACGGAAGAACGCCGCUGGACCUCGCCGCUUUCUACGGAGACGCGGAGAUCGUCCAGUAUUUGGUGGAAAGAGGAGCAGUGAUCGAGCACGUGGACCACAGUGGGAUGAGGCCUCUGGACCGGGCCAUCGGGUGUAAAAACACCUCGGUGGUGGUCACGCUGCUGAAGAAAGGAGCCAAGCUGGGGAACGCCGCCUGGGCCAUGGCCACGUCCAAGCCCGAUAUCCUCAUCAUCCUCCUUCAGAAGCUGAUGGAGGAGGGAAACCUGCUUUACAAGAAAGGGAAGAUGAAAGAAGCGGCCCAGCGGUACCAGUACGCCCUGAGGAAGUUUCCCCGGGAAGGCUUUGGCGACGACCUGAAAGCGUUUAAAGACCUGCGGGUCUCUCUGUACCUCAAUCUCUCCCGCUGUCGCAGAAAAACCAACGAUUUCGGGAUGGCUGAGGAGUUUGCCACAAAAGCACUGGAGCUGAAACCCAAAUCCUACGAGGCCUACUACGCCCGUGCCAGAGCUAAAAGAAGCAGCAGGCAGUUUACAGCGGCCCUGGCUGACCUCCACGAAGCCGCCAAGCUGUGCCCCAAUAACCGGGAAAUCCGGCGUCUGCUGGCUCGAGUGGAGGAGGAGUGCAAACAAAUGCAGCGGGCUCAGACCAAAGGAGGCCUGGCCGGCGCCGGCGCCGCCGCCGCUCCCUGCCAGGCGUCCGGAGGACACGAGUCCGACCAGGAGCAGGACGAAGGGCAGGAGGAGCCGUCGGAGCACAGCCUGGCGCGGAGCGUGGACGGCCAGAGAGACGUCCUGGAGGAGGAGGACGAGGACGAGGAGUCCUCACAGCACGACCGGACGGGCGACGCCUGCUGGUCCCAGAACAGCUACUCCUUCAGCCGGGUCCUCGCCGCCGAUUCGGCGGCCGUCAGCGGCACCGUGGGACAUCAGGGUCUGACCCCGACCUCGCCUCCGGGCCCCGGCAGGCUCCCCCCACACCGGUACCCCCGGGAGCACCGCGAGGCCGUGGCCCAGCAGGCUCUGGUCCUGCAGCCCACCAAGCAGGCCCAGAUCGUCAAGACCAACCAGCACAUGAGCUCCAUGGGGGCCGUGGGGGGCCGCCCGGCGGGCUCCAGGUCUCAGUACGCUCCGUCCAGCCCCCUGCCCAGCCGACACAUGUCCAGCGUGCUGAAGGCAGGCCCCGGCAUCGACAUCAGCCCCCUGCCCCCCCCUGCCGACGAGCCCGUGUACGGGAACCGCGUGCUGCUGGCGGCCGCCUCCGCCGCCAUGGGCCACAGCUGUGACGGCGAGAGCCUCCUCUCCCCCCAGGCCUCCUUCUCAUCCUGCGGCAGCUCCAAGGCUCUGGGGUCCGACCGGCUGUCGGCGCACUCCGCCUCCUCCCUGGACGGCCUGGCCUGCUCCGGUCCGGCGCUGCAGGCGCACCACGCCGACCCCGGGAAAGACGGCGCGGCGGCGGGGAGCAGCGGCAGCAUGCGCGUGUCCAGCUCCACCAGCAGCCUGGCCUCCAGCGGCAGCCUGUCCGACAGCGGCAAGCUGGGCCCCGACGUCCGCACCAAGAUCUCCGACAAAGCCAAGCACAGCCAGCAGGCCGGCGCCGCGGCCGAGUACAAACCCAGGCCCUUCAUGGGCGUCACCGACAAGACGGCUCGCUUCCAGCAGCAGCAGCAGCAGCAGCAGCAGCAGCAGCAGCAGCAGCAGCAGCACAUGCUGCACAGCCACCCCAGCCUGCAGGCCGUCGGCCGCAGCUGGCUCAACCACUCCUCCGACGGCCUGGUGGGCCACAUGUCCGCCAUGAGCCUGCAGCCCGUCGACUGCGAGCUGUCCUACGGCAAACCGGCGAGCGCGUACCAGGAGCAGCACAAACCGCCGCCGCCGCCUCAGGCCAUGGCCAUGAGCAGCCUACAGAACGGCAUGCACGCCAAGGAGUUCGCCGAGAAGUUCUGCCAAGCCGCCAACUGUUACAAAGAGUCCAAGCCGGCGCUGGCCAUGCCGCACGCCUUCAUGGACGGCAAGCCCAAGCAGCCGGGCCUCGGCCGAGAGAAUCCCGCCCUCCACGUAGCUUCAAUGAAACCAAAGCGAUCCUUUAUAGAGUCCAAUGUGUAGAGAUCUUCUGACAGAAACAGACCUGGAGCGAGAACAUCUUGUUGAAUUAGGUUUUUUUUUUUGUUUUUUUUGUUAUAUUGUUUUUAUUCCAACCAUCCCCGACAGACGACACUCUCACUCCGAAGCCUCGUAUGAAGUACAGUUCGCGAGCGGUUCGAUUCUCCCCGUGAAUUCAGCCACCGAGCGACGUCCGGACAGCGCCCGGCUCCGCGCCGCCGGCUUUCUGUUACACGACACCACGUCCGCCGUCGUUCAGCCAAGCUGGAGACAUUGCACUGAAGGAAAGUAUUUUGGACAUGAAGCGGACAAUCGGUGACAGGAAGCACUUUACACACAGCCGGGCCGCGGCGGCGCUUCGUCGUCACACUCAGUUACAGCAGGUUGUAGUUAUUAGUUGUGCAGUUUGAACUGUGUUCAUUACGUCCAUGGUGCUGAGAUUAGAAGGAGGAAGUUGAAGGGACGGUCAUUCCUGUGUUCAACGAAGGAUGUUCUAGAUCCUCGAGCUGUGUAUAUUCUAUAAAUAUGUACUUUCCCUUCUUUUACGUGAAGGUCCGUGUUAAGUGUAUUGACAAGUCCAGACUUGUGUGUUUUGAGUUUUAGGCACAAUGUUGUUCAAAUGGUGUUAAAAAGGUUCUAAAACAAACAUUUGUUAAAUAUAUUUGUACAUUAUAUAAAUCACCAUUAACACUGAAUUUCUUUUCUGUAUCUGCUUGUCGUUGCUGUCUAGUUUAAUUUAUUUACAGCGCCAAUGGCUUGGUUAAUUGUAAAAGCAAUAUAUUUUAUAUAGUUAUUUUUGCACAGCUACUAAGACAUUUUAUGAUUCUCAAUAACGUUGAGAUUUAAGUGCAUGCUACAAUUGCAGUUUGUAUUACAGAGUAAAAAAAAAAAAAUCUAUAAAAGCAGAAAUGGUUUUGGGGCACAGUGCCAUCGGCUCUAUUUUAUUAUGUACGUUAAAUGCAAUUGUCGCCAUGUUUUCAGUAUUGUGAGCUUUAUUAGCUGUUAUCACAUACUGUAAUAGAUCAUUACUGCCAUAGCCACCACAGGAGAGCAAAAUAAAGACCCACCGAGGAAAAAGC